GAUUUAGGUUAUGUAUUGAUUUCUGACUGACGCUAGGUUAGGUUUAGGAAUUGCCUAAAAAUGUAUAAAGCAAUGCAAAGAUUCGCGAUAAAUAUUAAUAAUUUUACUAAACCUAACUCUGGUCUAAAUUCCUUUCAACUCAUAAGAACAUUUCUAUCACAAGCAUAUUACUGCCAAGAGGCUUGGGAGAAAAGAUUGAACUCCCCGAUCUUUCAAAAAAUUAAUUUGGAUGAAUUAUAUUAUGAACUAGAUCAAAGAUUCCAGAAAUCACGCCAGUUGAGUGCCGUCGACGUAGAUAUCUUCGCAAAUGCUACAAAUAGCGAUGCGUUUAUUGAUGAAUUACUAGAUAUAGUACAUAAAUUGAGGUUGACCGCAGAUACAGGAAAUACCCUGAAUUCAACUGGACAUGCUGUCAUAAGGAUCUUACUGCAAUAUAAAAAGCAUGAUGAUCUUUUGAAUGUUCUAGACGAUAGGUUGAAUUAUGGAUUAUUCCUAGAUUACUACACAUCAAAUAUUUUGAUGGAUUCAUAUUGGAAAUCCAAUGACUUCACUUCUGGUGCAAGGGUGGCUAGUCAGCUGAUGUUGCAGGAAGAAUAUGAACACCCUAUCAGUCGCAGUUUAUCAUUACUGCAUUGUUACAACUAUUUAUCAAAACCUGGGAAAUGGCCAAUUCCCACAGCUCCCGUGGAGCCUGAAGAAGAAAUCAAAGUGAGAGUGAAGUACCUGAGGAACCCUUAUAAUGAUGAUCACUUCGAUUUGAAAGAACCCGAUAAAAUUGUUGGAAAAACAUUAGCUAUGUUCUGUAAACAGAAAAAGGACUCAUUGAAUAAAUCACUCGGUAUUGUCGGAUGGGCUCUAUAUAAUAAAAAUGAAAAGGUACUAGAGUGUGCUAAAGAGGUCCAAAAUAAUGGUACACUUUUAUAUAAGGAAGUUUUGGAUUUAGUUCCAGAUGAAAGCGACAGCAAGAAUAUCAUUUCACAGUUGCCCUCAGAAUCUGCUGAUGUAGAAGAACUGUUGAUAUCAAAUGUAAAAAAGGCAGUGGACACUAUGUCAGAGAAAGACAUAGCUGAUCAGUGUGAGACAUUCUCCAAGUGGGAAGCUGAAAGGAUGAAAGCAUUAGAAGAGCAAAAAGAAAGAUUAACUAUUGCCAAAAACAUUAAAGAUAUAGAGGAUCUCAAAACUGCCAUGAAGGAAAAGGAGACAAAAUUGUGGUUCUUCGAAAAUGAGGAAAAAAUUGAAUUUGAAAUAGAAGAAGCAUUGGAAAAAAUGAUUGUUCCUAAAACAAAGAAGAAAUCAAAAGUAGAUGACGAUUAUAUACCACCAGAAGUGCAUUCUAGACAAAGUAACUAAAAGUGUAUCCAACUUUUGAUUUAUUACUUGUAGUUUUCAUUCAAUAAAAGUAACUGUGACAUGUAAGAGAACAUAUUGAAAAAUGUAAUUAUUAUUGAGUAAGUUUUUAAGUAAAUGUGUUAUUUAAUUAUAUUCUCAUUCAUCACUCA